CACGUAACCUGACGUCACACGUUGAUCGCCGUCACCCGGAAGUGAGGAGCGUCAGUGUGAGUUUAGUGUUUACAUCUGCUGCAGCUCGACAACAUGAACCCCCCGAUGAUCAACUCCAUCAACUCCGUGUCCACGACCAGAAGGAAACGAGAGGCCGAGCGCUCCGUUAACUGGACGGCGGAGGAGACUCAGGUGUUGCUGUGCGCUUGGAGCGACGAGCGAGUCCAGAAGAGUUUGGCGGAAAACCUUCGCAACCGCCACGUCUUCAAACACCUCUCGUCUCGGAUGUGUGAGAUGGGAUUCUCUCGGAGUCCCCACCAGUGCCGGCUCCGGGUCAAAACUCUCAAAGCCAACUACGUGAGGGCGAAGCUGCAGAAAAGCGUGGACAGCUCGCAGCCGUGCACCUUUAAAUACUUUGCAGAGAUGGACGCGGUGCUGGGGAGGCGGUCGGCCGGAGGGGACGGAGGGCCUCAUUUUGUGUCUCCAGAAGGGAUGGCAGAGCGACGCCUCAUCUCCAUGGACGGAACAAGAAGUUUCCUUCCAGAUUUAAACUCCAGCUCGGAGGUUGGCGGACACCAUUUUUACUCUUUGGGGAGGUCGGCGAGGCAACGUUUGGUCUCUUUAGAGGAGAGAACAGGAUGUCAGCUGGACUCUGAGGUCAAGAUGGAGGACGGGGAAGAGUCAACGGAUGAGUUGGAGUUGAGCGACUCGGGAUUCUCGCAGCAUCCCAGAGACAGACGGCAUGAAGUUUACCUGGAGACAGCCAUCCAUCAGGAACUUAGCGCUACAACGGUGGAUAACAGCCUGAGCACUCCUUCUCCUCACGCAGCACCUCCUCUACCUGCUCCUCCUCCACCUCCCCCUCUAAACCAAUCAGUCGCCUCCCCUCUCCUGCUUCCCCCAGAGGUGAACCCCGGCGGCCUCCCCACCUCCGGCCACCGCCACUCCGACUCCUCCUCCUCCUCCUGCCUGGAGCCCGUCCUCCAGCACCUGUCGCAGUGCUUCCAGCAGCUGGUGUCGGAGACCCGGGGCCUCCUGGUGCAGCUGGAGGGCCAGAGGCAGGAGCAGGCCCGCUGGCACCAGGAGCUGCUGGCCCAGUGGCUGCAGAGGGAGGAGCGCCGGCAGCGGGAGACGGCCGAGAGGGAGGAGAGGAGGGAGAAGGCUCGCAUGGAGCACGAGAUCCGAGUCCUGGAGCUCCUCACCAGCCUGACCAGAGAGCAGGGGUGCCGGUGUGCCGGAAACCAGGCGGCACCGGAGGCGGCGAGCGGCUCCGAAUCGCACCGUUAACGGAGAUCAGCGUGGGAACGUUUUAAAGCUCAGGUGGACUCAAGUAACAGCACUGAAAAUGCAAACAGGCACAGUCAGGUCAGUGGUUUGGAGUGACUUUUUGAACCAAAUGCAGGAAAGGUUGAGGAUAAAAAAGGUGAUUUCUGAAAAGAUAACUGGUGGUCAGAAGAAUUUACAGCUGAAGUGUAAAAGAGGAAUUUGCUCUUUUCUUUGUUCCUGUUGCAGCUCUGAGGGAAUUUCUUGGCUGUCAGUUGAUUGAACCAAAUGUAACUGAAAUUUCAUGCACUUUUAUAGAAAUUAAAAGUAGAUAUUUUAAGCCA